AUGUUGCAAGCGUGCAAGGUAACGUGCAACGUUAAAAGUGUAUGUUGUAAGUUGUUCGUAACGAAGGGAGAUAUGGCUGUCGACGGAGUGGGCAAAACUAAAACUGACAAACCAUCUUUUUACAUAAAAAUAAUUUACCAAGACGGGGCGCCACAGUCAUUUCAAAGGCCUCAAAGUUAUCAAGUUCAAAAUCACCAACAAGGUGCUGCAGAACGAAUUGGACGAGGCAGUCCUCAACCUUCACUUACAAGAGUUGGAAGCUCGUAA